CUUUUUUAGAUAUUUUCUCUGUGUGGAAUUUUCAUCUGUAAAAUCGUGUUUUGACGAUUCAAAAUUUUCAUGCAAUAACUCUAUCCAUAGUAUAUGAUCGAAGCCCUAAUAUCAUACUCAUGGAAAUAUUAGCAAUUAUAUACCAAUGAUAUUUUUUCGGAAUAUUACGCAUUUACUUUUCGGAUAAUUACAGUCCAGAUAAUUGUAUUCCGAGAUUUUACGUUCUAUUUUACAGAUUAUUAAGUCCCGAAUUUUUAUAGUCCUCUAUCGAAAUACAUAGGAUUUAUAUUUUGAUUUUUCAAGUUAAAUCGUAUUUAAAUAAGUUGUAAUCACGUUUUGCUUAUGUUUCGUUAAUAUGGUUAAACUACUAAACUAGUUGUGUAAAUUGUGUUCUUUAGUUAUUUUGAUAAGGUGAUAACAGUUAUUUAUUUGAAAAAUUUUUGUUAUACUUCUAAGUUCUAACAUUUGUAAUUGAUUUUUAUUCGACAUUUCAUAACAAGACGUGUUUAUUAUAGUAUUACACUAGAAUUUAGAAUUAAUGAAAUACACGAGUUACUAAAUAGUAUAUAAAAAUGGAAGAAGCACAACAGUUAUUGCAAGAGCUGGAAGACGCAGGCAAAAUAAUACUCGUGAGUCGCUUUUUAGAUCUGGUUCAUUAAAUCUUUUUAACAUUUUAUCUUAAAUCUAAAUUGGGUAUAAAUUUAAAAUUAAUUUAAAUUAUUAUUCGAUGUUGCUGAACAUUUUAAUUUUCACAGAGUGGACCUCAAGUAGUAACAGAUAGCCAGCGUAGUGCUGCCGAAAUGAUAUUUAUGAGAUUCCGCAAGACCUAUAUGCCAUAUACAAUAUGUCUGUAUAUUUUUGGUAAUAUAUAAUUUAAUUUAAUAUUUUUAAAAGUAUUAUUUAAUUUAUUUUUGUAGGUAUGACCUUAAACAAUAAAUACAAAUUCAAUAGAGUUAUAAGUAGUUAAUAAAAAUUAAGUGGUAACCAGUAGUGCACAAAUAGGGUUGCAUAAUGGGCAAUGAGACACGGGCCUAUAAUAUUUAGGGGCUCCAUAUCAGAGCUAAAGGCAUUAUUUUGAAUGAAUAGGAAGGUGAAUAAAAAAUAGGUGAUACACUAUUUUUACUUAUUAAGUAUUAUGGGUGUAUAAAAAUAGGCAAUGACCCUUUUUUUAUUUUUUGCUCCAAUUUGUGAUAAUAAGAACCCAACUUUCCUUAAACUUGGCCUCUGAUUUAGUAAUCUUUUGCCGAAGGCAUUCAAAGUUCUAGUUAUAUCACUCGUGGUAACAAUGUGGUAUUUCUCUGUUUGCAUCGCUGUAUGUCCAAGUUCAGCCAUUGGUUACUUUUAUCUGAUAUCAUGUACAGCUCUUUAUGAGUGCUAUUGAACAUUGCUUAUUACAAUAUAAUUUAUUGUUUGAAGCCCAACUAAACAAUUUCACUCCAGAUUAUGUCUUAAUCAGUUUAUAUCUGGUUUAGUCUGGUCCAUAGUUUUUGAGGAGUUUCGACCCUGGCUGAGUUAAUUGGGUGAUUCUUUUAUCAUUAAACACUCAUUAUUUCAAAAUGUAUUGACUUUAUAUGAAAUUUUUUUUUUGAAAACUUAAGAAACAUUUCUAAAAUGUUAUCAUUUAUUUUUCACCAUUAAUUUUUUGGGAGUGAAACGGCUACCUACUUUUGAUUUUCAAAAAGCAACCUAUAUUGAAAAUGCCUUAAAUAGAUGGAGUAUUAAAUAAAAUCUUUGAUUAUCAUCAAUCCAUUGAAGAGAUAUUCCACUUUUAAGUUAAGGUCAGAGGAGGAUAGUUGUGGUGUAUUAUUAAAACACCCCACGCCACCAUUCAAAUGGUGCUCCACUACUCACUCCCGAUUCAAACACAAAAAUAGAAUAUCUCGUCAAUAAAUUGAUGGAAAUUAAAAAUUUCAACAUCAAAAUUUAUUUUAACUAAUUUAUGUGAUUUUUAAUAUAAAAUUAAUAAUCGAAAAUUAAAAGUAUUUAUUCUUUUUACACUCAAAAAUUAGGGUGAAAAAAAAAUGUAAAUGUAGAGCUGCUUGUUUUUAAAUUUUCUUAAAAACUGAUUCCAAAAAAGUCAAUACUUUUCUAGAAAAUUAGUGUUGAAUAAUAAAAGACUCACCGGUAUGCACAUAUCUCAUUAGACUUCCAUCUUUUGGGAGGUUACUUUUCUUCUUUUUAUGUAUUUGGCUAAAAGAGUUUUUGUGAAUUUAUUAAAGCUAAUCUUUAUAGAAACAGGUGUCAAGAUUUGACUUGUGGUUUCUCAAUUCUAUAUUUGUGGAUUAGCAAGGUAGUACUUUUACUAAGUUUUCCUGCAGUCUUUAACUUAAUGUUUUACCUACAUAUGUGUGAGGAGGGGGUCAGAAUAUUUGUAAGUACGAUUAUUAUCCAAAAGAAAACCCCAAAAUAACUUUACUGUCAAUAAUUAUAAUAAUUAAAAUAGUUUAUAGAUAUACUUCAAUUUUAUUUAUAUGUAUAAAUUAUUAUCUAAUCAUUGUAAUCGGUAUGGUUUUUUAGUCUAUAGAUUACAAACGAAAUAACAAACAUUAAAGAAAAAUAAUUUGUUGAAUAUAAUUGUGUUAUCUUCUCUCUCAAGGAAAGCCCGUAUUACUAUAAUUUUAGUUGCCAAAUAUUCCUAUUUCAUAAGCUAUCAAUAUAUAUUCUAAAAUCAAUUGUUUAGAGCAAUAAGUUAUGGAAUUAGGAAAUACAUUGGAAUUUUUUUUACAGCAUUAUCCAGUAACAUACGCAAACUAACUGACUCGAUACAAUAAUAUAUAUUUUUUUUACACUUUUUAGAUUUUGAGUGUAUUCGCUACACUCAGAAGUACUCUAAUAAGAAAUUAGAUAAGGUAAACCGGUUUAUUUUGUUGGUUGGUUUAUUAUUUGAUUCUGAUUUGUCAUCAUGGUGCAAAAUUUUUUAAACCGACUUAGUUAGAAAUUUGUAAAUAAUUAAUACAUUAGUUUGCCCCCAUUCCCAGCUAAUUUUGCUAUCACUUAUUUUAUUAUUAUCAUAUUGUUAACAGUCUACAAACCACCCCCAUUAAGAAUCAAAAUUAAUUUUAAUUGUGACUGCUAUAACUAGUUAGGUUAGGUUAAGUAGUAAUAACAUAUUCAACAUAUACAAUAAGUAAUAAGCAUUUACUUUCAGUCUCAUCAUCACUAAUAUUAUUAAAAAUGUUUUCUAUAAUGUCCAGUGUAAUGCAUGAAACAAGAAAAACUAAUGUACAAAGCACAAUUUUAAUAAUUAUUAUAAUAAUAAUAAUAGUCGUGAUAAAAUAUAAAUUGAUUUAUUGCAUGUGAUAAGUAAUUAACAAUAAGGGGUAAAGAUGGAGUGUGUGGCGGGAACAAACCAGAAUCGGUAAUUCUCGACCACUUUGGUUAAAGAAAAAGUAAAUUAGUUUUUCAUAUUUUUACACCUAUUUACUCUAUCAAAUUUUAUGUAAAGUUUCUAUUACUUAAAAUAUUUUCCUGAAAUGUCAGCAACAAUUUACUGGGUAUAAUCUUGGUUAAUUGAAGUAGUAAUCCAUGAUAUUAAACUUUAUCAUAUGCUGCCGUUAAAUUCAGUUUUUUUACUAUUGUUAUAUUCUUUGUACAAGUAGGACUUGAUCCCAACAGUCUCUGUUAGGUUAGAACCAACUUAGAAUAUUUUUCAACUAUAGGCUCUAUACACUUUAAGAUAACUUUUUCCAUUCAUUUAAAUAUAUAGGAGAAGAGAGAUAUAGGAACAGUAACUUUUAGGAUAGUUAUAUAGUUUACAUGGCUUUAGUAUAGCUACAACAUGAGUUUUUUUCAUAUUUGGGGAAUGAGCCAGACUUGAAUAUUUUUGUAGUAAACGGUUGUAAGCCAACUUAAGGAUUUAGGUUUUUAUUGUGGUUUUUUUCAACUAUAUUUUGAAUUUUUAUCAAACAUUGCCACAAUGGCUUGGACUUUGAUUGGUUGCUGCAUAUCUUUAUUUGUAUUUUUCCCUCUAGAUGUUUGAGCAAGCCUCACUGCUACUUUUAUCUUAUAAAGUCAUUCAUUAAUUUUGAUUCAUCUCUGCCUCCGUGCACUGUUUAAGAAAGCCAUAAGUUUCCUUGCAUUCUCUGUAGAUUGGUUUUAUAUGAUAUCCAUAUAUCUGUUCUGGAUUCCUCGGUCUAUCGUGAGGUAAAUAACAUUUCUGAUAGCCUCUAAGUGUGACUUAAUCAUGAUAAUAUCCUAUAAAACAUUUCAUGCUGCUAGGAGUCUUGGAAUAUGAUAUUCAUUACCAAUUAUACCAAUAUUUCAUUUAGCUAUACAUUUAUCUCACAACUUUUUUUUAUAGUAUAAUAAGCUAUUUAUUAUACUUAUUCUAUCAAAUUAUUUGUACGAUCAGAGUGACUUAUACCAUCGUCUGAGUUUUUGAUAGUGCUGUUUAAAAGUUUUGUAUUUUCAUUUAUAUUGUGUGAUUACAGUAUGUAAUGGUUGAUGGUCAGAUUGUUGACUAUUGGUUGACUUAUCUAUUCUGUGAAAGAAUAGUGUGAGUAACAGAGUUGGCCAGAAGAAGGCUACAACAUAUAUUGACAAAAAUCUUCAACGUUUUAAUUAUUGUAUAAAUGUAGUUGAUAAUUCUGUGUGCAUAUUUUUUAAUUUGAUUUAUUGUUUUUAAAUUAGUUUCUAUUUUACUUAACAAUUAGUAACAUUCAAAUAUUUGAUUCCAAAUUCAACUUUUUGAUUACCUGGGUAAUUGCAUUGAAAAUUGACCUUUUUUUUUACUUUUCAAACUAUAUAUGAUAUUAAUUAUAAGUGUAUACAUUUUGUAGAUCACAGUAAAGACAAUUAUGUAUUAUUUGAAGUAGUGGGUACAUUGAGAGAUGCGAUCCUUCGAGAUUGGACUUUACUAUCCAAGGAUCAAAAAACAGAGCUUCGGCAAUAUUUAUUUCAAUUUAUGAUGCGUGAGCGAACAACCAUAGAAUUGUAUGUUAGAAAACGAAUACUACAGGUAAUUAAUGGUUGUAUAUUAAAUAAUAUUACAGUGGAAUAUUUGGUUAUAGUUGAUUUUUCGUUAGUUUUAUAUUCUAUAAUCAUUUAAUAUAACUAAAAAUAUUGGAAAUAAUAGGUAGUGAUACUUUUAGUAUUCAGUUGAAAAUUUAUUUCAGUUAUGUAUAUAUGUAGUACAAUUUUAAAAAAAACUUGUAAUAUUCUAAAUUUCAUAUAUUUAUUGUAUAAAUUAAAAUAAAAUUUUGUAUUUUAAAUAUUAAAUAAUAAAUACUGUGAAACUAUUCAUUUUUAUGUAAUUAGUUUUGUUUUCUUUUAGUCUUAGGAAGAAAUUGUUGUAUCUUUUAGUUUAAACAGGUUCAAAUAACAUUAGCAAUAUGUUUAUAUUUGUGUGCCGAAUUUGACUUGAUUUUAUCGUAUGUGUGUAUAAUUUACAUUUUAUAUUUAAUAGGUUAUUGCAAUUAUGAUUAAAAGAGGUAGUGUUGAAGAUAAUGGCCAUGAAAGAGAACUUAUUUUAGAUGAAGUGGAGAAAUUAAUUCUUAAUGGUGAAGAAGAAGAGGUAAAAAUUAAGUUAAAAUGUUUAUAUGUAUUCCUGCAUAUUCAAAUAAGUUAACAUUAUGUAAGGUGGUUCUUAAUAUUCUUUUCUUUAUAUAAAUAUUGCAUUAUUACUAUGCCUAUUUUUUCAAUGCAUGUGUGAACAUAGAAAAACAGUUGAGUAAUUUACCAAAUCAUACAUUGGAAUUAUACAAAUUGAGACUUUAGCUAAACAAUUAUAUUAUAUAAUAAUAUUUUCUGUUAAACACAAAUCCUUGAACAUUCAAUUUGAGGUUCAUUAUAAGUUUAACUUAAUGUUAAAAAAAAAAAGUUGAAUAUAAUGUAGCAGUUUUUUUUUAUAAGCUUUUUUAAGAUAAUAUUUUGAUGAAAAUUGUAAAAUAAUGUGUAAAUAUUACAGAUUUUAAAACAUGUAUAAAAGAACUUCGUUCAGAAUCGUUAAAAAAGAACUUCAUUCAAAUAUUAUGUAUAUCUUCUUCUUCUUCUGUGGCUAUUUACAGGCUUUUUAGGCCCAUUACCACAACAACAUAUUGUCUCCAGUCUUCUCUAUUUUGUGCUGUUUCUUCAGCAUUCCUUAUUCCUAACCUCUUUGUGUUUGGUUUCCAUGUAGUUAUUUGUCCGAUUAGUCCUUUUGAUCUCCAUACAUGUCCAGCCCAGCCUAUUCGUGCGCUUUUCAAGAUCCCUACAAUAUUGGUUUCGUUAUAUAAUUCUUCUAAAUUUUUAUUGCUACGUAUUUCAUAUUCUCCUUCUUUGUUUUUCUUUGGGCCAAAUAUCUUUCUCUCAAAUACUUCUAACUUUUUUUGAUCUGACUUUGUCGUCGCCCAAGUACUGCUUGCAUAUAGAGCUAUUGGUCUGACUAGAACUUUAUAUAAUGUUACUUUGGAUUUCCUUGAUAAUAGUUUUGAUUUGAACAAUGAUAAUAGUCCAAAGUAACACCUGUUUGCUGCGAUGAGCCGUCUUUUCACAUCUUUGUGGCAGUUAGCAUCUUCAUUAAUAUCUGCACCUAAGUAUUUAAAAUUUCUUACCCUUUCAAAUGUGUACUCAUUUACUUUCAAGAAAUCCGAUCUGUGAUUUUGUCUAGAUACUAUCAUGUAUUUUGUCUUUGUCUCAUUAAUUUUUAGGCCAAUUUUUUUCCCUUCCUUCAGCAAUAUANUAUCAUCCGCGUAAGCAACUGCUGUUAGAUGUUGAUUGUCUUGUAUUUCUAUGCCCUUAGCUUGGGAUAUAACUGUCCUCAUAACUGAUUCUAGGGCGAUGUUGAACAGUGUAGGUGAUAAAGCGUCACCUUGUCUAAGACCAGUCGUUACCUGAAACUCCUCUGAUGAUUCUCCUCCGAAACUUAUUUUACUUUUUGAAUUAUACGUACACGAUUUUAUUAAUCUGGUUAACUUGGCUGGUAUUCCUAACUGGUCCAUGACUUCCCAUAGUUUGUCUCUGUUGAUUGAGUCAUACGCUGCUUUGAAGUCAACAAAUAGUAGAUAUGUGUCUUUAUUGUAUUCGUAACUCUUCUCAACAACUUGUUUUACAAUGUGUAUUUGAUCUAUUGUUGAUUUUCUUAGCAUAAAACCAGCUUGGUACUCUCCAAUUAUUUCUUUGAUGUAUGGGUUAAUUCUAGUCAGUAGUAUGUUGGACAAUAGUUUUUAUGAAGUAUUGAGUAGUGAGAUCCCUCUGUAGUUUUCACAUUCCAUGAUGUCUCCUUUUUUGUGUAUAGGGCAUAUGAUGGAUAUACGCCAUGCUUCGGGUAUCUCCUCUUGUUCCCAGAUUGUGUUCAUAAGUUUGUGGAGUUGGUUCAGUAGACCUUGGCCUCCCGUUUUUAGGCAUUCAGAUACUAUUUCAUCAUCUCCCGGUGCUUUCCCGUUUUUUAGCAUAUCUAGUCCCAUCUUCACUUCGUCAUCUGAUGGUUUUUCAAGCUGCUGUUCUACAGUAGAGUAUUGAAGUAUGGCGUUAUUUUCAUUUGGUUGGUUUAACAAUUUUUCGAACAUAUCUUUGAAUUCACUCACAAUUUCUUUACUCUCCGUUAGUAAGGAUCCAUCAUGCUUCUUCAUAACUGUUGGUCUAAUUUGAUAUCCACGUUUAACUUCAUUUGCUUUUUCGAAAAAUAUUUUGGAAUUGUUAUUCCUGUUGUUCUCUAUGGUGUGUACCCGAUCUUUUUCUCAUAACCUCUUAUUCAUUCUGAUGACCUUUUUUGCAUCCCUUUGUUUUUGUGCUAGUAGUCUUUUAUUGUCUUCACUAGGGUUCUGUACAACUUUUGUUCUUGCUUUGUCUUUUUCCUCUUGAACAGCUUUACAUUCAUCGUUAAACCAUAUUUUCUUUGUCUUUUUUGGUAUGUAUCCAAGUACUUCCUUUACUGUUAUUUUGAUUGCUUUCUCUACCUUUUCCCAGGUUUCAUUCAGGUUCGUCAUUUCUUGUAUGUCUCGUAAUUUUAUCGAUAUUUUUACUUGGUACACUUCAGCUGUUGUUAUCUUCAGUAUAUCCUUAUUAAUUUUUUCUCCAUUUUGUUGAUAUUCUGAGUUUGAUUUUCGCUUUCACGAGGAAAUGGUCCGACAUCGCACUACUCCCUCGCAUACUUCUUAUAUCUUUGACACAUGAUUUUAUCCGGUUGUCCACUAACAUGUGAUCUAUUUGAUUUCUUACUAACCCACAUGGGGAGAUCCAUGUUUGUUUGUGUAUAUUCUUAUGAGGGAAGAACGUGUUACUUAUUAUCAUAUUUUUGUUUGUGGCAAAAGUGAUUAGUUUGUUUUCAUUGUCGCUCGUAAUUUCGUGAAGGCUUUCGUAUCCAAUUGUUGGUUUGUGUAUGUUUUCCUUUCCAAUCUUCGCAUUGAAGUCCCCUAGUAUUAUUUUCGGCUUACCAAUCGGUAGGGUGUCACACACCAAGUCUUCAUAAAAUUUGUUUUUUAUGUCAUCACUCUUAUCUUCUGUCGGUGCAUAACAGUUAAUUAGGAACAUGUUGUANUUAUCCCUUAUUACGAAACCUACCCCGUAUUCAUGUUUAUCUCCACCACUGUAUAAUAAUGUAUUUCCUUGAGAUUUCAAGCUACCUGAGUUUGUCCAUCUCACUUCUUGAAUCGCAGUUAUAUCCAUCCCAUAUCGCUCAAGACACGAUAGGGAUGUUGUCAAAGCUCCAGCCCUAUACAAAUAUCGCACGUUCCAGGUUCCAAUGUUGAUGUCCGUUAAAUCUUUGAUCCGAGGCAUAUUAUGUUGUUUCUUAACAUCUAUUUUUUUUUACGAGGUAGGGUUGUCAGCCCUACGCUCAACCUCCAACCUGGAGGGCCAGUCCACACCAACUAAUUAAAGUCAGUGUGGGGCUAUUGCAACACAUUUUUUGAUGUGCUGGGCGAUGGACGCGCCACUUUUCCUACGCCAACAUAUUAUGUAUAUAGUAAUGUAAAAAUAAGUUCCCAAGAUGCUAUUAUGUCAUCUCUGUUUAAUUGUUCAAGAAUAUACAUAAAAUCAAAAUAAUAUAAAAAUGGUAUAAACUUAUUUAUACUAUUUAAUUCUAUUAUUGAACAAACUAUCACGUUAGUUAUACUUUGUUAAACAUAUUUUGUUAUUCAUUAAUUUUCUUAUACAUAUUUUAAUUACUUGCAGCAAAUUAUAGGUUGCUCUUUUAUUUUGGCACUCAUGCAAGAAUAUUCUACUACAGUUAAAUCUGCUGAUGUGGGGUUAACUUGGGAAUCUCAUUACUCUGCAAAAAAAGCAUUUGAGGUAAAAUUCUAUUACAUUCUUUUAAAUAUUUUAUGUUUUGUACAUAAUAGUAAUGUUUUCUUUAUAUUUAUGUUUAGGCUCGAGAUUUGAAACGUAUAUUUAUAAUUUGCACACGUGCUAUAAAUGAAGUACAAAACAAUCCACAGUUUUCAGUUUCAUCAAGUUAUGUGAUAAAUGUUCUUGAACAUUUAUUAAAUAUAUCUGAAUCUGUACUGGUGUGGGGAUUUAUUUCUACAAAUAAUAUCCUUUUUGUACUGUUAAUGUUUUUUUAUUAUAACUUAUAAUUAAAUAUUUUGUGUGAAUUUAAAUAAGUAAAUGUUAUUUUUACUUUGUUUUAAAGUAAAAAUUUAAAUGAUUAAAGGUUAUUCCAUUUUAAUUGUUACAAUGUUUAAUGUUUAUAAUGUUCCUUAAUUAAAAAAUACUGCCUAGAUAUUUGAUAGGUAUGUUUGAAGGAAUAUACAACUCUGAAAAUAGCCCUACUUUGAAGCUUGGUUCGGAAUGGAAAGAUAUCAUAACCAACCCUAGCACUAUUGAUAUAUAUUUUAAUGUAAUUUAUAUAAUAAUUAAUUUUUUGUAAAUGUAUAUAUUUUAGAUUCUGAGUAGAGCGAGGAAUGUAUUGGUUUUACAAUGACAUUUAUUAUUAUUUUUUUUAUUGGUGAACAAAUUUUCUAUCAGAAAUCAAUGUAACAUUUUUCGAAAGGAAAUUUUCCUGGGGUAUGGGUACUUUUGUACAUUUUUUGAUUUUCUCAGGGGUUUUCAUAACGAAUGGGGAAAACAGGAAAAUGUGUGAAAUGUAUUAUUUUCAAAUUGUAAAUAUUACGGCCUUUCGAAAUAUGUAUUACCAAACUCUACUCAGAAUCGUUUUUCUUUAUAAAUGAUAAAUUGUUGCGUACAGAUAUACAUUAAAUUUCUAUCUUCCCAAUUUCUCAACUACAUCAGUUACCCGUCUAUCGUGUGAAGUAUUUUCGUUUUUUUUUUUUAAUCAUAAAUUAUAAUGUUCUAAUAUUUCCAGAUUUAUUGGAAAGUAAGGGAUAUUUCUCAUAUUGCAUAUUAUGGUUUGAAUUGUCUUGUACAAUUAUCUUCAAUCAAUGGUAACAUUUGGGCUGAUACAAAUGAACGAAUGAAAUAUAUGCAAAAUUACAUAGAAUAUUUUAUAAAACUAGUAUCUACGUAAGUAGAUGAUUAUCUCUCGUUUAAAAAAAAAUUAUGAUUUGAUUUCAUAAUAUAUUAAUUUAUUUUAGGGUAAGAAUUUUAGAUCGUGAAUCAAUUGGAAUUUCUACUAUUGUAAAAAGAAUUAUUAGUGGAUUUACUCCUUCAAGUUUUAAUCAAUUUUCUCAUGAUCUUGUUGAUAGAUUUUUGGAAAAUGUAACUCAUCUUACAUGUCGGUUUGCUGAGGGUGCUACUGCUGAAGGAAAUGUAAGUUUUUUUUAAAAAGUGGUAAAUAUUUACUGUUGUCUUACUUGACACUGGAUAAUUGUAUUGUUAUUAUAUACAAUAAAAUCUCCUAAUAACGGAAUAGCUCAGUACCAACUGAUCUUCCAGUAAUAGAGAGACUAAAACACAUAGAUUAUGCAGAACUGUUGUUGUUUUCUUCUUUAUAAAGGGUCCGUUAUAAGGAGGUUUUACUAUACAUUUAAUUUAAACCUUACUGAAACUUUUAUAUCUGGUUUAAGGUUAUGACUUUAAUAGUUAUUAAUUAUAAUUUAUCGAAAAAUAAACUUAUGAUUUGUAGCACUUAUAGUUCUCUAAUUAAACUCUGUCUAUUCAGAAAUUUAAAUUUUUACUUUUAUUUUAUUUUAUAGAUUCAUCAUGAUGAUCAAAUGUUUUUUGAAGCAUUCAAUAAUAUUUUACGUCCAUGGGCAUCUAUUAUUGUAAAUAGUAAUCAAUCAAUUUUUCAAGAAGAUAUAUGUAAAAAAUCUUCUUUUGUAAUUUUUGAUACUUACUUGAAAUGCCAUUUAUCACCACCAAAGGGUACAAAAGUCAGUGAUAGUAAGUUUAAUGAAUUGGAUGAACCUGAUCGGAUUGCCAACAAAGAACAACUUCAGUACUUAGGAAUAUUUGGUAGACAAGUAAGUACAGCUUUAAUUGUAGUUUUGUUAUCAAUGUAUUGUGAACUUCCAGUUUAAUAGCUCUUUAACAGUUUUAAGAUAUAGUAAUCAUUCCACAAUAUAAAGAUUGGAGUAUGUUUCCCAGUCCGGCGGAUGUUUUUUUUUUCAUUGGUUUCAAAUAGAUAGUAAUUAAAAAAUGUAAUUCAUUAAAUUAAAAAUAAUAAUAUUUUUUACAUAUAUUUGGAUAUUUUGUAAUAGAAAUGUUGGUGUAAUAAGUACAAAUUAAUUUAAUACAAUUAUUAAAUGUAAAAAAGAAAAAAUGUUCACAGAUAGAAGUAUAUAUAUGCAUUUGUUUCCUUGUUAUAAUUUUAGAUUCUUAUCGGAAUAGGAAAGCUAUUGGUUGAUGAUUUAUACUUUAUUUUUUUAUUAAUUAUUAUUAUUAUUUUUAUUAUUAAUAAUAAUUUGUAUUAAAUUUAUGUAACAGGUUCCAGAACAUACUUUGGAUCUUUUAGUAACUUUAAUAGAAAGUCAAAUUAAAGAAUUGCGAUCAAUAAUUGAACAUAUACAUUGUAGUGGUAGUUCUAAUUGGUCAGAGUCUGUUCAAAAGAAAAUUGAUGAUAUUCAUGAAGACAUUCAUUGGAUGUUCCUUAUAGCUGGUACCAAAUUAUAUUAAUGAAAAUAUUUUAAUUUUUAUUAUUUAUUAAAUCAUUUUUCUAGGCCAUGUGAUCACUGUGGAUAGUGAGGGUGAACCUAGUAUGAUUCCUUCUGAAAUAAUGCAUUAUAGUAUUAGGAAAAGUGAAAAAGUCAACAUUGAGGUGUCAUUAAAAUUUCUUGUUCAUCAAAUGUUAGUUAUGGAUACACCCGGUUCAGAAGAAGCAGUGGAUGAUGUUAUCAAGUAAGUUGAUGAAUUCAAUUUAUUAUAAAUAUUGAAUUAUAUAUUUUUUCUUUUGUUUAUAGAUUGGUAUCUAUUGCGUUUAAUUUAUGUGAAGUAGAAAAUAGGUUAAUAGAAGCAAAAAUGGAAAGUCUUUGCAGUCCAUUGUUAAGUGGUACAAUCGUAUGGUUUUUGCAUGUGUUUUCUCAAACAUAUUUAAUGCCAAAUGAAACUUACUAUAGUGAAGUAAACUAUAAUUAAUCAUAAUUUUGUUAAUUUCUUUUUUUAUUGUUUAAAUAAAAUAAUGUCUUUUAGCUUAGUAUGCCAUUAUUGCAAGCCUUUGGUCAACAUACUGAAGCUGCUAGUUGGGUAUUGAAUUAUUUGCUUAAUAAAGUUGAACGUAACAUCAGAUCACCAUUGUUUACUGAUAUGGAUCUUAUUAAUGAUACGAUCGGUUUAUUAAUUUCUUUGGUUGAAAUUAGGCACAAGUAUGUUAUAAAUAUGCAUAUUUUAAAUAAGUUAUUACAAAUAUAUAUAUAUUUAAAUAAUAAUUAAGUACUUUCAAUAUUACAAAAAAAACUCCCAUCAUAGGAUUGGUUUGUAAACUACUAGUUAUAAAGAAUUUGUUUUUAAAACUGCAAGUUAUAUACGAUAUUAAUUUUUAAACAUAUCUAUACAAAUAUUGACCAUUAUUUAAUAAAUAAUGUUUGUUUUAUUCAUUUUAGAGCUGAAGUAGUUAUCAAUUGUGAAGGGUUUUGGAAAUUAUUUCAAUUACAAGAUCAAAUACCUGAAGUUCAGAUAGUUCCAGAAGCAAAAGAAGGGUUAUACAAAGCAUUUUCUUUAGCUGCAGAUGCUUUUAUUGAGGAAGAUAAACAAAAUGAGUAUUGGAUGCGUGUAAGUAAGAUUUUAUGUUUUAGGUCAUAGUUUAACAAACCACGCAUUCAUCAAUGUUUACUGAAAAAUUAAUUAAUUAAAAUAAAUAUUUUGUCCUAGAAGAUUUAUAUUGAUUUUCCUAUACUUUUAGAUUCUGAGUGGAGCGAGGAAUGUAUUGGUUUUACAAUGAUGUUUAUUUUUUAUUUUUACCUGUGAAAAAUUUUCUUACCAGAAAUCUUGCUUCCAUUUACAAUGACAGCACUUUUUUAAAAGGAUAUCUGACUGGGGAGGUACUUUAAGGAGGUCAUUUUUUGAUUUUCCCAUGAGUUUUCCCAAAAAUGGGAAAAAAAAAACGGGAAAAUAGGUACAAUUUUAAAUAAAUAUUAUUAAAGAAAAUAUAUAAUGCAUAAUGUAAUUAUUUUACCAUAAUGUGACAUAUAUAUUGUUGACAAAGAAACACUAUUAACCGAACUCUCCGAAUCGUUUUUUUAUUAGCAAUGAUUAAUCAUUUGUACAUUUAUACAUUCAAUUUUCCUCCCUCUACUACCUUCCCAUCUUUUUUUUUUUUUUUUUUUUUUUUNCUAUUGAAAAGCUCCGUCAGUUCUUGAUUAUGCCUUUUUCUCCAUCCUUGAAAAACUUGGUCAUAUAUAGGUCCAUAUAUUUUACGAAGUACCUUCCUCUCAAAAACCGCUAAUCUGUCCUCCUCAGUCUUUCGUAACGUCCAGCAUUGUGAACCAUACAUGACUAUUGGUCGUAUGAUUGUCAAGUACAGCUGAGUCUUAACCUCUUUUGACAGGACUUUCGAACUUAGUAGUUUACCAAGUGCAUAGAAGCAUUUAUUUCCCAUUUUUAUUCUUUGUUGAAUUUCGAUUUGACAUUCAUUUUUCUGUGUUAGAAUCGUGCCCAGGUAUUUGAACUCUUCCACUUUUUUGAACUUGUACUGACCAACUGUUAUGGUUUCGAUUACCUGAAGGUUAUCUAGUUCCUUACUAACUUUCAUGUACUGUGUUUUCUCUAUGUUGAGAUGUAGCCCUACCUUCUUUGCCGAUUCUAUUAACCUGCCGCAUAAUUCUACCACUUUUUGUUCCUCUUCCCCUAGCAAGACUAUAUCGUCCGCGUAGGCGAGCAGACUAAAGCAAGUUCUAUCCAUUCUUACUCCUUCAUCUCUUCCAAUAUUUAUUUCUCGGAUCACCUUCUCUAAUACUAAAUUAAAAAGUACUGGCGACAAGGCAUCCCCCUGUCUAAGUCCGGUUCUUACCUCCACCAUCCUCGAUGUCGCGUUUCCUACUUUGACUUUGACUUUAGUCUGUCUUAAACUAGCUUCAACUAAAUGAACUAUUUUCCUUGGGAAGUGGAAAUGCUUCAAAAUUUCGGUUAUGUUAGUUCUAUCUAUACUGUCAUAUGCCUUUUGAAAAUCAACGAAGAUAGCAUGGAGUUCCUUAUUAUAUUCCCAGCUCUUUUGGAAUAACUGCCUGACUUUAAAUAUCUGGUCUGUCGUUGACCUAUUUUGCCUGAAUCCACAUUGAUAGUCUCCCACCACUUGUUCGGCCAGAGGUUUAAUUCUAUCCAGGAUGCAAUAUGAUAAUACCUUAUAUGUUGUAUCUAGCAACGCUAUUCCUCUAUAGUUACUACAGAGCUUUUCAAAGUAUUCUGCCCAUUUCUCCAUUAUUUCUUCCUGGUUCGUCACUAGGCUUCCACAGUCCUUUUUCAGAAAUUUUUCUUGUUUUCUACAUCCGCCUUUAAAGCUAUUUACCUUGUGAUAUAGCUGCCGUGUAUUGUGUGAUCUGUAAUCUUGUUCUGCCUCCCUUAUUACAUUUUGAACAUACUUUCUCUUUUCACAUCUAAAAAUGUUAUGGGCUUCUUUCCUUUUAGCUCUAAAGAUUCUUUCUAUUUCCUGGUUGCUAGCAUCAUUUAGCCAUCUUUCUCUUGCUAUUUUCCUUCUUUUCAGGGCUUCUUGGCAUAUCACAUUAAACCAUGGUUUCUUCGUUCUAUGAGCUUUCCCUAAAACUUUCUCCGACACAUUUCCAAGGGUAUGUUUAAUUAUUUUCCAUUGCUCAUCUACUGUUUCAUGAUUUGAGUUAAAUUCUCGCGCCAUUUUCUGUAAGUUCUCUUGAAACUCUUUAGCUUUCCUACUAUCCCUGAAUUUCUCAACAUCAUACCUGACAAUUUCCGGUCUCACAUUCCUACUCGUUGUUUUUAGCUUAACCCUAAGUUUGCUAGCUACUAGGAAAUGGUCAGAGUCGCAGUCAGCUCCUCUGUAUGUUCUCACAUCCAUUAUGUUAUUGGCAAAUCUCUCAUUUAUUAAUAUAUGGUCUAUUUGGUUUACGUGCCUACCAUCAGGCGACACCCACGUCCCUUUAUGUAUGUUCUUAUGCGGGAACAUUGUACUCUUGACUUUAAGACCUUUCCCUACAGCCAGAUCCACAAUUUUUGUGCCAUUGUCAUUAGUCAUGUCGUGUAGACUGUGGGUACCAAUAGUUGGUCUAUAUGACCUCUCUUUCCCUAUUUUGGCGUUCAUGUCUCCAAGUACAAUUUUUAUUUUACUAUUACUAAUCCCUUCUAGUAGCUGCUCUAUUUCAGUAUAGAAAUCUUCUUUUUCUUGUUGUGAUUUGUUCUCCGUGGGUGCGUGUACGUUAAUAAAUACGAUAUCGAAAAAUUUAGUCUCUAUUUUCAACAGCGCCAGUCUUGGGUUAAUUAUUCUAAAAUCUUUUAUCGUUGGUACUAUAUUCUUACGUACCGCAAAACCAACUCCAAAUUGUCCUCUUUCAUCACACCCCCCGAAAAGGAUUGUCAUAUUGCCCAUGUCUAUACUUCCUGCUUCCUUCCAUCUUAUUUCCUGCAGAGCUACUACACCUAAAUUAUAUUUUUCUACUUCCUUAAUCAUACUUUGUGCCGCACCGGGUUUGUGAAGAGUUCGUACGUUCCAAGUUCCAAAAAUAAGUUCCGUGUUUCCGUUUCCAUGUCUUUUUCCAUUAAAUUUAGUCCGAGGCUUGUUCUUAGGAUCCUGAACAAAGCAUUUUUACGAGGCAGGGUUGUUAGCCCUGCGCUCAACCCCCAACCUGGAGGACCAGACUACCCCGACCAUUUAAGGCCAGGGUAUGGCUACUGCAGUGUACUGGAGGUACACUGGGCGAUGGGAGCGCCACUUUCCCUACGCCGGCACCUUCCCAUCUACUGACAUAUAACAGUAGCUGCACCUGUCCCUAUUAUUCUAAAAUAGCUUUUUUAAUAAUGAUCCAAUAAUUAGUUAUCUUUUAAUCAUUAUUGAAAAUACAUUUAUAAUGUAUGCAAAUUAUAACUGUUUUUAACAAAUUUGAUUUAAAUAUUUUGUGAUAUAGUAUAUUUCUGAAAUGUGACAUACUGUUUGUUUGAUAUAGGUAAUCACUCCAACAGUGGACAAGUUUAAAAAAAUUGUAAUGGAUGAAAAUUUUAAAAAAUUAUACAAUGCAGAUGAUAUAAGAUUAGAAAUAAUGGAUAUACUCCAUAAAUGUAUUGGUUUGGCUAGUGGAGCAGUUAUAAAUACAACUCCAACUAUUUUUUCUAUUUUACAUCCAACGCUUAAUGAAUUUUCUGGGUUAAUUGGAUUAUAUCAUAAUUAUCAGUCAAUUGUCCAUUUAAUUAUUCAACUUUUUGUUGAAUUUUCCAAGAAAAUGUUGUGUUUCCUUAGACUGGUAAGAGUAUGUUUAUGUCAUUAAAUAUAAUAAUAUUAUUAAGAAUGAUUUAAAAGAAAAAAAGAACAAUAUUGAAAUUUACAGUAGAUUGAUUAUUGAGCAUUUAAGAUAAUUAAAUUUAAUAAUUUUUAAAUUAAGUGGUAGUGUUAAGUUGUUUAAUAUGUAUACAUUUGAAUGUAGAAGUCAAUAUUUAUUUAUUAUAGAAACAAAUCAGUAUUUUUCAAGAUGUAAAUAGAAUAAUAAUAAUGAUAGGUAUUUUAAAUUAGUAACUGUAAUUUAUAAUGUACAAAAUAUAAAUUAUUUGUGAAGCAGUUCCUCCAGUACAAUUGCAAAAAACCUCAUACAAUCCAAAAUCGAAGUAAAAUCAGAGCUAUGACUAAUAUUACUAGACGUUUUUGUACUUAACUAUUUCUUUAACAAAUCUAAUGUCAUUCACCCACCUAAUGCGUUUAUGAAGCAACUCCAUCAUUUGUCAAUUCGCACCGCACUUAAUAACUAUAUACAUAUUUUAUUAAAUACAAUUUCUGUGUAUAAUUGUCUAACUUUGGCUGUGGUAACAGGGUUUUUUUUUUAAAUUAAUUAACAUUAUGUUUAUAGAAUAUUUUCCUGAUUAAAUGAAGAGUGGAAACUGAGUAAAAAAAAUAUUUAGUGGGGAAGCAUUGUAAAAUUAGAUCAUUGCUGUCAGUGGUUUGAAUAAUAAUAACAAUAAAAGAAUAAUUUGAUUUUUAAUCAAUUCAAAUAAUUUAAACCUUAUAUAAAAUUAUAUUAUACUUUGAAGCUGAAUAUUUGAAGUUAAUCUAAUAUACGGUUUAACUUGAAUAUUUUGUUUUCUGGAUAAAAAAUAAAGUUAAUACAAAAUAUUUUAAAAUUAGAAAUAAUUUGAAUUUCAGACUGUGAGUAGAAAUUAUUGAUAUAAAUCAAAAUGUAUUUUUUUUCUUUCAGAAAAUACUGUUAGUAAAAGUAUUCAAAAUUAUAUUCAUUUUGUACCUUAAUAAAUACAGAUAUUUCAUUACUUUUUUGAAAUAAAAUUUUUAGAUUCCCAGCUUUAUUUUUUUUAGAUUUAUAGGUUACCUUACUUUUAAAGAGGAAAAACAACUUGUACUACUAAUAAUAUUUACAUAUAAUUUUUUUUUUAUUUCAAUAUUCAUACAUAUAAUAACUCUAUAUCCUUUACCUUUCAUACUUCUCAUCUACAACGGUGUCUUACCUAUUGUGUGAAAUUUGUUUGGUUUUUUUAUAAUUAUUAGUUGCACUUACUUAUUCUGUACUUUUUAUAAUAUAUUUUAUAGGAAGAAAGUGAACAAUUUUACACAUCGUGUUUUCAAAUGGUGGACAUGUAUGCUCGAUAUAAUCUUAAUCGUGUUUCAUUGGACUCUGAUGCUGAAGAGCAAUGUUCUGAAGAUCUCUAUAUAUUUUUAGAACUUCUCACACAUGUUAUGUCAAAAGAGGUUUUAGAUCUUAGUUCUGAUGGUAAGAAACUGAUAUUGUUUAUGUUAUUAUUCUAUUUCAACUCAAUUAUAUUCUAUUUAUAAAAGGGAGAACUCCAACUGGAAAAACUCCAGGGGAUGUCUGUGUUUAUGGACUUCAAAUAAUUUUACCGUUGAUGACCAUAGAUCUUUUGAAAUUUCCUACGCUUUGUUUACAAUACUAUAAAGUAAGUUAAAAAAACAUACACUUUACAUUUAGGUUACAUUUAUUUUUUUUUGUCAAUAAUUUAAGGCUUAAGCGAUAAGACAAUUUAGUUCCUGUUUAUGUUUUUUUUCUUUCUAGAACCCUUUCAUUGAAUUUCACUGUAUAAUGCAACAUUUGGUAUGGUUUGAUUGAUAAAUCUAAUCGAACAGUGAUAAAUAAUAUUAUUGUUACAUUAAUUUUCAGAGUAUUUUGAAGUUCCAAAAAGUUCAAGUGAUUAAGUUUUUACUUACUUGAGUUGCUGUUUAUUCUAACAGAUUAUUUUUAUAAAAUAGUUACCUUUUGUAUUGUUAAAUCCAUAUUUGCAAAUUAUAUUGAUUACAACUUUUUAGUUGUUAUUCAAGUACAAAAAGGUUUGCAAUAUGUGUUAUACAUAUUUAUAUUUUAAUUUAGCAUGCUACUUUGUCUGAUGUAUUUAAGUUAUGAUUUAUUAUGUAUUAUAUAUAAGUACAUAAAACAAAUUGUAUAUAUUAUCUCUUUUGUAAUAUAGUUUGCUGGAUACAUGUGUGAAAUGGUACCAUUGAAAUUAUGCGUUAAAAACGUUGCCAUUUUUAAAGGUGUCUUGGCUUCAAUUGAACUAGGUUUAACUACAUUUGGACAUGAUAUUACUUCAAUGUGUAUUGAUUUCUUACAAUCAGCUGCAUCAUUUAUGUAUCGACACGAUAACUCUACAUCAAUUGAAGCAUAUGAUUUGUUGAAGCCAUUUUUAAAAGUAAUAUAUCAUAUAUAAUAUUAUACAAUACACAUUAAUAUAUCAUAUUUGAAAUUAAUUAGCUAUAGAAAUGUUUUUAAUAAUAAAAAUAAUUAAAUCACAUAAUUAAUUUUAUAGUAUUUAAUGGAACUCAUACUAUCUUGUCAAAUAAGUUCUGAUGCAUUGUCAAGUACUGGUCAUGCACUUUAUACCUUAAUCUGUUGUUAUCCGGUAAGGAAAUUUAAUUUAUUUUAAAUUUGAAUAGUAGUAAUACUUGAGAAAUGUAUUAUUUGGGAUAAAAUAUACAUUCUAUUCUUGAGAUUGUGUAUAUUAUAUUAUAGUAUAUAUAUAAAAAUAAAUACAAAUUAUAAAUAUAAUCCUCUCCUAUUGUGGUAACUAUUAUUUUGUCUCCACAGAAUAUAUCUAUGCUCAUUUUGAAUUAAAGUCAGUAUAGAAUGGCCUUAUAUUUUUGUUGAUCUCAAUAAAAUAUAAUCAUUAAUUAUUUUUUAUUGAAAAUUGAAUUCCGAAUGUAGUAAAAAAAAAUAAGAAUAGGCUUUGUCCUUUGAAUUUCUCCUAAUAUUUUGUAUUAGGGAGAAAAUGUCCUAAGAUCUGUUUUAUAAGAAUAAUGAUUGAGAUAUAUUUUGAAUAAACUUAGAUUAAAACAAAUUAUUAGUUAAUUGUUAAACCAAACAGAUAUGCUUGAAAAUUUAAUAAGAUGUUAAUUAUAAGUUGGACUAGUUGUCAAAAACAAAAAAAAAUUGAGCAUAAUGUAGUAAUUUUUAAGAUCUAAUAUUAACAAUUUUUUUAAAAAAUUACGGUAUUUAUAACUGAACUUCACUCAAAAUCAUUUUUCCUUUUUAUAAUUAAAUUUUAAAAAUAUUUUAUUUUCUAGAAUGAGUUUCAGCAAAUAUCAAUGCAAUUAAUUAACAAUCAAACUGAUGAAUUAAUAGCUGAACGACUACGAUGUGCUUUUACUUUGUUAACCAGUAAUAUUGACUUUAACGGACAACAUUCAAUGAAAUGUCGUUUUAAAAAUAAUUUUGAUUGUUUUACAACAAAUAUACGUGGUUUCCUAUUUGUUAAAUAAUAAAAUGUUGAUAAAUUAUUUUACGUAUUAAUUUUUUUUUUUUACGACGAGGUUGAAAUAAAAUUUAACACUAAUUUAUUAAUCCGUACAAUAUAAAAAUAAUGAAGCUUGUAAAUUCUGUUUAUUGAAACAAAUUUAAGUAAUUAUUAAUUAAUUUUUAAAUAUACAUUUAUUAUUAUAAGUAGGGAGUAAUUAAUAUUAUUGAUUUUGUAUAAACCGAGUCAAUUACUUACUAACACCGCAUUUUUAUUUUAUAAUAAUGUGAAUAAUAAUAUUUACUUAUAAGUA